AUGACACAUCGUUUGCAAAUGUUAAAAACAAGUUCGAUGGGUGAAUCAUUAGCUGUAUCACCGCGAACACCAGUUAAGAAAAAAACAAAAGGCGAUCCAAUUGUAACUGGAAUCAGACUUAGACCAUUUCUCAACAACGAGAAAUGUACGAAUGGCGAUGCUACACCGGCAGUUCGUGUUUGUGAAAAUAUGAUUAUUUGUGAACAACAGCGACAACAACAGAAUCCAACUACGUUCAAAUUUACGAACGCUUUUGAUUACACUCAGACCAAUCUUGAUGUAUAUGAAAAAAUGAUUCGUCCAGCAGUUUACUCAGCGUUACAGGGUUACAACACAACAGUACUCGCUUAUGGCCAGACAGCAUCAGGCAAAACGCAUUCAAUCUUUGGUUCGUCUCAUGAAGAGGGAAUCUUAGGAUUAAGCAUUGAAGAAUUAAUUUCUCUUAAUCAAAAUCAACAUUUAAAAUUUGAAACAAGUUUUUUUGAAAUAUAUAAAGAAAAAGUUACGGAUUUAUUAACAAUAACUUCAUCUGAAAUCAAAUCAAAAACAACGUUUCUCUCGACAAAAAAACAGUCAAAACAGCCAGCAACAUUAGAAAUUCGAGAGCAUCCAAUAUUAGGUCCUUACGUUCCAGAUUUAAAAUAUGUACAUGUACAAACAAAGGAUGAUUUUAUAAAGGUUUUAAGUCAAGGACAACAACAGCGUACAGUCGGUACAACAAAAGCCAAUCAACGCUCGAGUCGUUCUCAUGCUAUAUUCACAAUAAAAAUAAGUCGAGUUGACUUACCUAACACAACAACAUCAACUAUUUCGACAAGGGCAAAAUCUUCAGCAAUUACAAAGAAAUCAAAACCGCAACAACCACAACAAGACUUAGAUUUAGAUGUAGUUCGAUUAAACUUUGUUGAUUUAGCAGGUAGUGAGAAAUCUCAAGAAUAUGCACAAGAAAACGAACGAUUUGCGGAAAGUGUUCAUAUAAAUCAGUCGUUAUCUGUUUUACGUGCUGUUAUCGAUGCUCUUUCACGUGGUCAACCACACGUUCCUUAUCGUGAUUCAAAUUUAACAUAUUUAUUAAAAUCGAGUUUGGGUGGUGACUCUAAAACGUAUAUGUUAGCUACAAUUAGCCCAUGUCAAUCAGUGAUUGAUGAAACACUCAAUACACUCCGUUAUGCAUCACGUGCUUCAACUAUAACUAAUGUUCCAAGAAUAAAAACACCACAUCUCAAACACGAAAUUGAACAACUGAGAGAAGAAAAUGAAAAAUUAAAACAUCAAGUUGCUAUACUCAAAGAGAAUCAACAAAAUUUACAACAACAACAGCAGCAACAACAGUUAUCUUCAUUGAAACUUUCAAUGCGUUCAACUUUGAUGUUAGCAGAUGAAUCUGUACAAACAACAUUUAUUGGUGCAGAAGAUCAAGAACAAAAGCAAGAAGAAAAAGAUACAUUUAAUGAGAAUAUUUUGGCUCAAAUAGAAAAUACGUUAAGAAAACCGAAAAAACGUCGUUUUUCAGAAAUGCCACUUAAAGAAAUUGAGAAUAAAAAAAAGAGAUUGGAUGAAACAACAUUACAACGACGUUUAACAACGCUACUUGGCUCAAUUGCUGAUGAUGUCAUGGUGAUGACUGAAUGUACAAAUAACACAUUGUUAAUUGAAUCAAAGAGAUUGGAUAUUAAAUAUAGUUUAGAUCACACAACAUUUUUUGAAUUGAUUGAAAAAUUAGAAGCAACAAUCGACGAUAGAGAAAUGAACGAAAAACAGAUACACCAGUGGUUAUUAUUUCGAAAUAUGCCCUCCUCUGCGAAAGAUCCUAUAUUUAACCCUGGUGAUCUUGUCUGGUCCCAAAUCGCAAAAUAUCCGUUCUGGCCUGGACUCAUCUAUAGCGAAUCUGAUGAAUCAUCAGUGAAAAGCCUUGGUGAUCGUGUAUUGUAUAAAGUAUAUUUUUUUGACUCUCCCACAACAUACGAUUGGUAUUCCAAGCGUGCAAAACAAAUCGAUUCAAAUUUAUCUGCAGAAAAAAAUAACAAUUUAUUAGACGACAUUUACAAAGCCAAUGAAUUAUCACUAAUUGAUGUUCAUGAACGUUUGAAGAAAUUUCAAGAACAUUUGGAUUUAUCUGUAGGCUCAGUAGUUGAACAAGAAACAAAAACAGAAAUUCAAAAGCCUUUAAAAUCCGUCGCCAUGCGGUCAACAUCAUCGCCACUAACAAAUAUCGAAUUUAUUAAUCAUAUGUUAAAUCAAUCUCAAUCGAAACGAAAAAUUAAACAAGAAAAUAACGAAAUAAGAAAAUCAAAAACAUUGAAAACAACAAAUGGAGCAUCACCAUUUCUUUCACGAACCGCAACUAGUAGAAAAAACAAAAGUGAUGGAUGUUUAGUUUCGAAAAUAGAUGACGAUAAUACUGAUAAAAAACUAACUAACAGAGCACAAAACCAGAUGCAUGGAGUGCUCAGAAGUGCACCGGAAAGGAAGACAUAUCGACAUAAUAGUGCUCGAAACCAUCCUCUAACUUCAAUGACAACGUUGGGAACGACACCUGGUUUAGCUAAAUCCGCAUCACCCUUACCAACUGUUCAUCCUAAUGUUAGUCGUAUUGCGCAAAAAUCAACUCCUUUAUUCGUCAAAAUAGCUCCACGACCAUUAAAUUCGAAAGCUUCGAAUCAACUUAUGUCAAGCACAAUUUCAGAUCCAAUUAUUUUAUCACCAAAUUCGUCACCACAAAAACCAGUCUUAAAUAAUUCAGAAAUGGCCAAAUCAACAAAGCCUUUUAAUUAUACCAUAACAUCGCGAUCGACAGAGCAAGGAGAAAUAAUAUCUACUGCAACAUCUUCAGAAGCAAAUCGCCAGUCCUCUAAUCGAACGUCAAUAUUAACAAAUUCGCAGUCAAUCGAUUCAAAACCAUUAUCGCCACAGUUUUUGACAAAUACAUCCUUAACAGCGACAAAUUGUGGAGCGCCGAAAACAUCAGUUUUUCUGCAAUUAUCAUCAUCGUCAAUAGUCUUAACACCAGACACCGAUAUGUCAUCAUCAACGCCCAGAAAUUUGUACAGUGACGAACUAACAACAACUUCAACAUCAAACAUUCUUCCACGUGUUACAUACGACACGACACCUACUGUUUCGUAUCAACCUUUAUCAUUAGGUGAAGAAUUUAUGAUUCUCGAUACAAUAAAACGUGAAUCAAACGGUACAUUUAACGAUUGUAAAAGUGUUGGAGAACAAACUUAUUCUAAAAUUGUUCAAAUUAAUAAUGAUCGUCCAAUAGCGGUGUCAGAAUUUUGGUUUUAUAUGUUUGUAUUUCGUUAUAUUGAUGAUUUCAUUUCGGUGUAUCCAAAUUGGUUACAGGAGCUUGAACAAAUGAAAGGAUUAAGAAUAUUGUCUACAAAUCAUGAAAAACAAAUUAAACAUUUAAUUCUACUAAUGAAAGCUUAUAAAGAAAAUGAACGUCAUUAG